GUUGUUAAGUCUUGUCUUUCUAUUAAAUUAAAAUCAAAUUAAAAAACAAAUCCAAUUCACAACCAUAUAAACAAAAAUCACAGUUUCAUAUACAGUUGUUAAAAUUGAACUACACCACUGUCCUUUAUAUAGAUAUAGAUAUAGAUAGAUAUACAGUUGUUAAAAAACACUGUGAUAGUUUCAGAGAGAAAACAAGUGAGUGAGAGAGGAGGAAGAAAGGAAGUAAUGGGAGAAAUAACAUCAAGUUCCGAUGGUUCAGUGACAAAUUCAUCAUCCUCAUCAUCACCACCACCUCAAGGUUUACUAGAAAGGUUAAAAGAUUAUGGACAAGAAGAUGUCUUCUCACUCUGGGAUGAGCUUUCUAUUCAAGAUAAAGAUCUUCUUGUUCGUGAUAUUCAAAACUUAGAUCUUCCAAGGAUAGAUCGAAUUAUACGAUGUUCAUUGCGAUCUCAAGGGCUACCUGUACCGACAAUUGAGCCUGUACCGGAGACAAGUGUUUCAAGCGUGGAUGUUCGGACACUUGAAGAAAGAGAGAGAUGGUGGAAAAUGGGUUUGAAAGCUAUAUCUGAAGGCAAAUUGGCUGUGUUGCUUCUGGCUGGUGGUCAGGGGUCCAGGCUUGGAAGUCCUGAUCCCAAGGGAUGUUUUAACAUUGGACUCCCGUCAGGAAAAUCACUGUUUCAACUUCAAGCUGAACGAAUUCUAUGUGCUCAAAAACUUGCAGCUCAAUCCGUAAAUGAGGGCUCAGGUGGUUUUGUGGCAAUUCAUUGGUAUAUUAUGACUAGCCCAAUGACAGAUGAUGUUACAAGAAAAUUCUUUGAGAGUCAUAAAUAUUUUGGUCUAGAAGUAGAUCAAGUCACCUUCUUCCAGCAAGGUACCAUACCAUGUGUCUCAAAGGAUGGCAGAUUUAUCAUGGAAUCUCCAAGCAAAGUGGCAAAGUCUCCAGAUGGUAAUGGAGGAGUAUAUUCAGCUCUUAAGACUUCAAGGUUGUUGGAAGAUAUGGCCAUGAGAGGUGUUAAAUAUGUGGAUUGCUAUGGAGUUGAUAAUGCACUGGUCCGUGUUGCUGAUCCGACUUUCUUGGGAUAUUUUAUUGAUAAAGGUGUAGUUUCUGCUGCCAAAGUUGUUCGUAAGGCUUAUCCGCAAGAAAAGGUUGGUGUAUUUGUCCGACGAGGUAAAGGUGGGCCGCUGGCCGUUGUUGAAUACAGUGAGAUGGAUCAAUCGAUGACUUCUGCUAUCAAUCAGGAGACUGGGCGCCUUCGCUAUUGCUGGAGUAACGUUUGCUUACACAUGUUCACUCUGGAUUUUUUGAAUCAAGUGGCUAACGGUCUCGAGAAAGAUAGCAUUUAUCAUCUCGCUGAGAAGACAAUCGCCUCUAUCCAUGGGGACAUUAUGGGUUUAAAGUUGGAACAAUUUAUAUUUGAUGCAUUUACAUAUGCUCCUUCUACCGCUCUCUUUGAGGUCAUACGUGAUGAGGAGUUUGCACCAGUGAAAAAUGCUAACGGGACAUCCGCUGUUGACACCCCUGAUAGUGCACGGCUGCUCGUUCUCCGUCUCCACAGUCGUUGGGUAGUUGCUGCUGGUGGUUUCUUAACUCAUUCUAUACCUCUAUAUGCAACAGGAGUGGAAAUCUCACCGCUUUGCUCUUAUGCUGGAGAAAACCUUGAAGCAAUAUGUCGUGGAAGAACAUUCCAUGCACCCUGUGAAAUUACUUUCUAGUUUGAACAGUUUCGUUAGAUCUUGGUUUUGAGUGGUUCUUUGGCAAUUAAUCAAAAAUCAAAUUUCGGCUGUGGAUAGAUCAUCUAUGUCAAUAUGAGUAUGUUUUUCAAGUCCGAUGCAAACCACAUAGUAUGUGGUUUAGUUGAGAAGAGUUGAUCGGAACGGCAGAAUUUUGAUCUGAAGCCUAUGUAUUUGUCUUCUGGCCCAAUUCUAUUUUCAUUUAAAGCGUGUUUAUGUGUUCAGCUGACUUGUAUCUUUAUGUUUAUUGUUAUGGAAGUUGAUUUGUAUUUAGAACUUGUUUUGGUAAAUGUUUUUUUCCCAUUUGUAUGGGUUGCAGUAGGUCGUUAAAUCGGGUGUAAGUUAAGAACCCACAGAGGCCUAAAUGGGUGCCAAACUUAAGAACUGAGAUUUUAUCAGAUUUUUUGUUUCUAGUUCUGAA